AUAGUAAAUACUACGUAGUAGGUACCAAAGAACAAAGUAGUACCUACCGUAGUAGUAGAAGUGUAGUAAUUUAAAUUAUUAUUAUUAUUAUUUUUAUUUUUUCUCGACUGGAUGGUCUGAUCGUCAGCAAGUGGUACGUCUUCUAUCGGGCAAGACGCGAUUUUAUGACGUCGCGUAGGUCAUCCGUUGAACAAUGCGCACGACGUCCGUCUGUAAAUGUCACUGAUGUUACGUAAUGCCUUCCUUUGUUCGGUUAACAUUGUCGUACAACARGUAACACUAUCAUACUAUUAAAUAGUCAAUAUAUAUUGUCGUUGUUUUCGUAUCGUCCGAAUAUCGAGAAGUCCGCACCGCUGCUGAACGAGGUAAACAACAAUAAUAUUAUCAUCACCAAAAUUAGGCUACUCAUCUGUUCCGGCAGUCGACUGAUCCGCUGGCAUGGAAACCGACAGCGAGAGYGCGGCCGUGGUGGCCCUGGCGACCAGCAUACAGGAGCCUGAGCCGAAAYCGGAGACUGACAGUGGWGCGGUGCAGGUCUCCGAGCCCAAUGACAAGACCAAAUUCAGGCUGACUUUGGAGCCCAUCAUGAUGCUGUUACUUCUGGGAUUGAAYGUCAGCAUGAUGGUGCAGACUAACCUAAUUGAAGAACGUGUAUGCCUCCAUAGUGAUCUCGGGAAAAAUAAGUCUGUGAAUUGUUACAAUAUGACUGCAGCAGAACAAGAAAUAGUUCAACCAGCUGUGGCAGAUUUGCAGAUGAUUAAAAAYCUAAUUGAAACAUUGGUUCCUUGUGUAACAGCGUUGUUUUUAGGUCCAUGGAGUGAUGUAAACGGUCGUUUACCUUUGUUUUUAGCAGCUAUCUCAGGUAUGGUAGUAUCUAACUGUAUGUACUGUGUGUUUUCUACAAUACCCAGUCUGCCUCCAGUAAUGUUUUUGCUGUGCAGUGUACCUGUUGCUGUAAGCGGUGGAGGUGGUGCAUUGUUUAUAGCUUCAUUUUGUUAUAUUGUUGACAUUACUGAUUUCAAAACCAGAGCUUUCAGAUUAGGUGUAUUGCAAACAUUUAUAUCUUUUGGCUCAAUUAUUGGAUCAUUACUAAGUCCUUUGUUGUACAGUAAAUCACCUACUUAUGCUUUUGCCUUAAGUUCAAUGUUCACAAUAGCUGGACUACUAUACACAUCAYUUUUUCUCAAAGAAACUGUUGUCAUAAAAAAAGGUACAAAUACAAAACUUUUCAAUUUUAAUCUAGUAAAAAGUAUGUGGGAAACCGUUGUGAAGAAACGGUUUGGAUUUCUGAGAUGCAUAAUAAUUCUGUCUGCUGUGGUAUUAACUUUUAAUUUAGCUAUUGUAUUAGGUGAAGAUUCCUUGAUGUAUUUGUACCUACAAAAACAAUUUUCAUGGACUUUAGAAAAUUAUACUUUAUUUAACGCUUAUGCAACAUUAUUGAGUGCUAGUAUUCCUGCAAUUGGGUUGUACUUCUUGAGUACUAAACUUGAAAUACCAGACAUGUAUCUUGCUACUGCUGCGACAGGACUGCGAAUUAUAGAAAAAGUUGGUUUAGCAUACUCACAAUAUACUUGGCAAUUUUAUGUUGUGAAGAUUUUUGGUUGUGUGGUAUUGACUAGUGAACCACUAGUUCGGUCUCAAUUAUCCAAGAGUUUUCCCCCUGAAGAUUUAGGAAAAAUAUACGCUUUCAUAAGUGUGAUUGAAGGGUUUGGAACAUUACUCGGUUCUCCAAUAUAUACCACAGCCUAUAAUAUGACAAUCCAUAACUUUGCCAAUUUUAUAUUUCUUUUAUCAUCAAUAUUUGGCACAUUUGUUUUAGGUUUAUACAUAAUAAUAUUAUUUUUACUCUCAAGAAGUACCAAGACAGAAGAUUUAUUAAUUAUAAACUAAUUAUUGAUCACAGCAUAUUCAUAUAUUUUUAUAAAUUUAA